AUGAAGCAGGACAAGGGUUGGCACCCGAACCGUACUGUAAGCCAAAGCCUGGUUCACCGAUUCCCGAGCCUUAACGCAUCACUCAAGUGUACAGUAAUAAAACCUGGAACCCCGCUACUGGAUGACUGUCACUGUAUUCUGAGGCUCCUUGCCAGAAUACCGGCUAACGCUUCGGGCAGGACAAGCUGGAGGGCUAUCAUCGGCAGUCUCGCGGUGACCCUGAGCACGUGGACGCUCAUGCUCUCCUGCCUUCGCAUUUGCUGCCGGCAGAAAGCGGGAAAAAGGGCAAGGAUCUCUUGCACCCUGCUGCACCGCUGGGUCAGAGACUGCGGAGAUGUCUUUUUCACCUUCCCACUCAUGGGUGUGAAGGUCGUUCUGGACAAGAUGAUCGUCUCGCCGCUGACUGUGGCACAGGCGGCCUUGCUUAGAAGGAGAGCUGCGCAGACGCUGCGACUGCAGGACCAGCUGCUAGCAGAGGGUGGCAACACACCUGGCGCAGGCCGCAAGCGCGAGAGAGCCAGCACCGGCAGCUUGCCACAGCGAAUCAAGCGUAAGAGCACGGCCCGAGAGAAGCCGAAGGAGCCCGCAUCCAGGAGCUCCGCAGCCACACGGCCAAGAUUGGUGCCUGAUGAUUUUCCAGAACCGAGCUUGCCGCUGUCUCCUCCCGAUGAGGAGGAGCCAGCUGUAGAUGAGUGGUGUCAAGUGCACCGGCAUAGUGAGCAUCCGAAACGAGCACUGCCCGCAGAGCGGUCGCGGCCAGCAGAAACGUCGAAGCUCGCACGUGCCUGCAAAACCGGAGAGAGCGCUCCAUCGAGAAGCCAACUGCCCACCCGGAAGGUCAGCGUUCAUUGUACAGUGGACGAGCGCGAUGACGGAGAGGGUGGCGAGCUGUUGGAUGAUGCACCUCAGGUGGAAAGCAGCUCUUCCAAGCCAAUAGCGAUAGCAGCUGAAGUCGCUCCCCAGCCGAGUGUGACGCCGCCGAGUCCGAGGCAAACACCGACACUUCCGCGGAUAUCGCCUGCACCUCCGCUCCCAGUGGCGGCAGGCCGUGGACCCAGCGCCAGCCGGAGGCCGCUCGAAGACCCGCGCUCCGCUGGCAGCUCUCCUUGUGUGGGAGCGCCGCCGGACGCGCCGCUGCCACCAACGCAGCGACCCAAUGCCUCAGACCCUCGGGCGGAGCCUCGGGGUAACUCAGAGGACGCAGAGAUGCCUGUCAUCCUGACGCCCCUGGCUCCACCACCCUUGCACCCUCCCAAGCUUUCCGGUACGGCAGAGCCGAGUGCCGAGCUUCAAUGCGAGGAAGCCCAAGACGAGGAGGACUCCGAGCCCAGAAGGCCGCCUCCGCCCGACAUGCCUCCACCGCCCUGCCCCGCAGGGCAAGAGAUCCUGCGCUGGCUCCAGCAGCCCCCUAAAGGGGAGACCGCCGUGCCAGUUGUCGCGGAUAUGGGCUGCUUCUCCGGAGGUACCGGAGGCACCCCUGGCUGGGAUGGAGGGAUGAUCCAAAGCUGCGACAAGGAGGAAACGAUCUACGACCAGCUGCCUUGGAAGUCAGAGUGCCCAGGUCGGUUCCCUGCCGAAGAUGACGUCGGCAAGAGACUGGAAGCUAUGGUGGAGGAACUUGCAGGGCCCAGCUCCUUCGAACUCCUGGAAGAUGCCUUCAGCAAAGUCGACGCUGCCAGGGCGCGGUUGGACGCCUCACUCCAGAAAGAGCGCGAGGAGUUGGCGAUCCGUCACCAUGAGAUCCUCCAGGAGCUGCAUCAGCUCGUGCAGAGGAAUGAGUUGUUGAAGAGUGAGGCGACCAACCGAUGGACUCCGGAUGUGACAGACAAGAUGCCAGCAGACUCUGUGGAUGCAGUGAAAUUGACUGAGAUGGACCUGGCACAGGUCCAGAGGACGAAGUCGGACGAACCUUCUUCCGUUGGCCGCAAGAUGGCAGAGUUUCACGUGAUACGCGUGCAGGGCCAGACGAAGGUCUUGCGCGAUCCGGUGUCCGUGGAAGAUACUGAUGUCAAGAGACGGGACCACGCGAGCCGCUUCGAGCGGAUGGGUUCGGCGAGCUCUGGUGUACUCAAGGCGGAGGCGCCCAAAGGAAUUUUCAAGUUCGUCUUUGACCCGAUGUUCGAGACAGUCAUCUGUGUUCUCAUCGUGAUCAACUCCAUUGUGAUGUCGUUCGAAGCGCAACACGCGGGCCUCACGCUGGGCUACGACUUAGGCAUACGAACCUACAACGCUCCUGGGACGGAGCUUUGGCCGGGUGCAGCUGAAGUGUUCGUGGCUUCUGAGUGGUUUUUCGGACCGAUAUUUGCCGCCGAGCUGAUCUUGAAAGUCAUCGGCAUGAAGUGCCAGUUCCUGCGGGACUUCUGGAAUUAUUUCGACACCAUUAUGGUUGUUGCAUGGUUCGUCGACACCGUCUUCUCAGGACUUCUUCCCGUGGAUCCUAUGCUUCUGCGCCUUGCGCGCUUGGCCCGCCUCCUCCGCCUCAUGCGCUUGGUGAGGAAGCUGAAGGGCUUCGACGCUCUCUACAUACUUACCACCGCUCUCCGUGGCAGCGUGACAGUUCUUCUAUGGUCUUUCUUGAUGCUCUUCUUGUUGCAGCUGAUGUUUGCGCUCUUCUUGCAGAGGGUCGUCUCCGACUCGAUCGAGUCGAACAUCGCGAGCGAAGUCCUUGUGGCUGAAAGCAACGAGCUCUUCCUCUACUUUGGAACUUGCUCCAGGUGCUUGUUGACCAUGUUCGAGAUCACUCUUGGAAAUUGGCCUCCAGUGGCACGGCUUCUGCAGGACCAUGUGUCUGAAGCUUUCACCGCUUUCUCCAUUAUUCACAAGAUCACCAUCGGAUAUGCUCUGAUUGCGGUGAUCAACGGCGUGUUCCUCAAGGAAACCUUCCAGGCAGCAGACAAUGAUGACAAGAUCAUGAUGCGAAACACGGAGAAGAAGCGACACCAGCAUAUCAAGAAGAUGAAGUCACUGUUUGAGGCAGCAGAUGAGACAGGCGAUGGCGUCUUGGAUCGUGAGGAGUUCAUCCAAGUGAUGACCGAUCCGGAGAUCGUCAACUGGCUUGCCGCCAUGGACCUCCACAUCUCGGAUCCUAACAUGGUGUUCGACAUGGUGCAAGAAGAUGGAGGCAUCACAGCUGAGCAGCUUGUGAAGGGCGUCAGUCGGCUUAAAGGCUCUGCGAGGAGCACGGACCUACAUUUGCUGACGCUCGAUGUGAAGAAGCUCUUUUUCCUGGUCCAGGAUCUGUUUCUUGGCCAGUGGGACUCUUUGGUUUGUGGUUGCUAG